AUGCAGGCAACUACUCCUAUUUCAGAGACGCGGUUGAAGAAGGUUCACACGCCUCCUAGCCGCGGCAGUAGCUCCCCUUCCUCAUUAAGAUCUACAAAAAAAAAGUCCGGCGGCGUCAUGAACCGAGUUAACCUAAAGUUUCGAGCUUUGAGUUCCUCGAGCCUUCCCUCGCCAUCCCGGCUUGCGCCCGAGGAAAGGCCGAGAAUUGUACACGCAAGUUCCCAAAGAGUACCCACUGAGAAUGAUCAUUACUUCUGGCCCUCGAAUUUACCAGCUGCCAAGCCCAUGACGAACACCCGAAAACGCCGCAACACCCCAGCGCCCUUAACUCUUUCUCAAAUUACACCGCAUGCAACACCACAGAAACAGCACGGCAUUAAAGAUGCGACGCCAAAGUUGGAGUCGCCCAUGGAUUUCAGACACUCGACAAACUCAUCUACAGAUAAUGCCAGCUGGGUCACAGCAAGCACUUUCAAUCCGCGCCGGAGGCUCAAUUUUGAGCUUCAGGGGAACUUUGAAUCGCCAUUAGACGACUCACUUACCAUCGAGCGGUCUAGCCGAAGCCCAUGGGAAGAUCUCUAUCCCGACAGCGAGUCCCCCACCUACGCCUCACAGCUCAGAAGCAACAUGUCAAAACUCUCGGGCCCCAAAAAUUACACCUCGAACAAAUGCAGCAUAUGUAGCGAAGACCUAAUGUUCACCUUGUCGGGUGAAAAGCUAAUCGAGCUGUCGUGUAACCAUCAGUGUCAUUUCAACUGCUACUUGGUGACAUUCGAGGCAUUGCUACCCAAAAGUUCUUUCCCGCAGUGCAGGAUUUGCACUACUGCUUCUAAGCCUAAAUCAGAGGAUGUUAUGAGCGAAAUAACGGCUAAAAUCUUGACGUCCGAAGCGCAAGGUAAUGACAAAACUUUCAUGGAACAGGGUGGGAAGCAACAACGAGCCAUAUUUGAGCGCUCAGACGGAAACGACGUGAGACCUCAAACAAUAUUCCCCAUAACCCAAAACACACCUAAGGAAAACAUCUAUUUGCAAGACCUAAGGACGCCGCGCGAACAACUAAUCAAAAGUGCUCAAGUUUCUUGCGAGGGCUUCAAAGACCACUUCAGCACCCAGAGCACUCCGCGAUCGAAGUUUUCAAAAUUUAGCUCUAGUGAUUCGUUUAGAACUCCCAGUUCCACGUCGCAAUCAGAAUGGCAUCGCAGCGAUUUCGAACUAGACAGACCGCAUGUUAACAUCAUACCACAACUUUCGAAGUUCAGCAUAAAAGAGAACUCCCGGCAAGCAAUAGCCCAAUACGUGAUGUCAACGUAUACCCCAAAGCACCCUGCAAUAGCCAAAGGAGUUGAAGAUUACAAAAAUCUUAUUCGGAAAGAGGUCCAGUCGCAUGUGCAGUCAGGGUUCGAUUACAAGCCUGAAAUGGGAGCUUUAGAGACAUUCGAUAUUUUGUGUUAUUCUGAAGACGAAGAGGUCUGGGUUAACGUCAAUGCGUUCCUCUUUAGUGAAUGCUUGGUGUUUGUUCAGGAAGACAACUUAGUAGGCCAUAUUUUAAAAAACCAAAUCUCAGAGAUGCACCAGCUAGACUCUCACACUCUCAUAUUGAAUUUGAAAUCGAAAUCAUUACCCGAAAUAUUUCUGUGCUGCCCGGACGAUCCUUCAAUAACUAGGAAAUGGACAUAUUACUUAAGACAAGUUUACCUCACACGAGGUGGGGAGCAUGUCCCUUUAUCCCAACUGACGUCAAACAACUGGAACUUUUUACCUCAAAAACUAAUUAAAAAGGUACGCAUACCUUCCGAAACGGGCUUUGAGGAUAAUGAUUUGAGUGGUACCUUCGCUCUGCAAGAAAAGACAAAAUUAAAAUUAAUACUUUGCGUGAGUGUCGUCAACUGCCAUCCUGAGCUUCACACCAAUAAUGAACACCUACUAUCUUUAAAAGCCAAAAUCAAACAGACUGUGGACUCUCUUUCAUCUCAAGAUCUCCUAGGGCUAGUUCUUGUCGGCAGGGAUGGAUGCGGAAACGUUGGUGCAUUUGGAACGUUUUUCGGCAUGGUUGGCAAAGACUGGGAUGGAUGGGAAGACAUCAUAGAGAGCCUCGAGGUUUAUGACAAUAAUGCGGUUUUUGCCAACGAUUCUUGGGAGUUGAACGCUAUGCUACAAACCAGCCGGAAGCUGAUGUGUACAGUAGAGCAAGAUGAAUCGUUCCUGCAGCAACUGGUAAUUAUAGGCAAUGACUACCCAGGGAACAUGCCGCGAACAAUAGAAGAUGACUUUCAAGUCGCCCGACUUCAGUCGAACGUUUCAUUGUCACUCCAAAAAUUCCGUUUUUCAGUUCAUCAAUAUUUCACUUGCAAUAGCAGGCUGCUGCUCAGCGAUAUUAUUGAAGGCUAUUUUUACAACGUAAAAUGCGAGGGUCUGAACACCUUGGAGGAAAUUCGACCAGAUUCCCUCGUGCAACAGCUUCGAAAGAAAGCCGCCAAAUCUUUUGCAGUAACUCUGGGGACUUUAGACCCGAACCUUGCCCAAUUUCACGCUGUGGAAAGGAACGGCCAGCUCUGUAAGCUACCUGGGCUUUGCACAGAGGUCACAAUGGAAAUAGGAGCUCUGGCCCCGGGCGAGGCGCGAAACUUGAUUUUUGAAAUCGAGAUUGACGUGCAGAAUUUGAAACAUUUACUUAAAAACACCUCUGCGUCCAACCAACCGGCAUUGUUGCACUACAAUGCAACAUGGCAUAACGGAUCACGACGUCUAGUCUUCAGCGGCUGUUCCCUAGGGUGCGAGUUCAAGCUUGGAAACGUCAGCACUGCGCUCCCGCCUACUGAUGCUUUGAGGGACCCCCCUCAAUCGGGCCAUGAUGCCAAUGACGAAUGCGAGAUUCUGGAGGUGAUGUUGGCGCCCCCACUCUCCGCAUCCCGUGAUUCCCUGUUUGCUACCAGACAUGUGGAGCUGAUAGCCAUCGAGACCCUGCGCUCGGCUCUUGCGCAGUUUCCGUACCAUACUCACGUAUUGCUUAAUCAACUGGUGCCCAUGAUUUUCUGCAUUAGUCGCAGUUGCGUUUGUAAUGAUGCGAGCUACCACACGCGCGUUUCCACAGUCAAGCCCCUUCCACAGCUUGUUGAGCAGCUGUGCGCUGAUAUCCAAGAGAUAGCUGCCCGUUCUGUUAGCGGAAACGGCGCUGACCGCGCGCUAUCCCGGUGGGAGAUGGCCCGAAUGACCGCUGCUCUGGCCUGCGGAACCUACGGCGCACCUUAA